AUGCCUCCGCGAGGAAACGAAGGCCUCGACUUCACUCCCAUCCUCACCCACUACCUCUUCCUGUUUACAACCAUCCUUGCCGUGCUCGCAUGGUUCAUCGCGUUCAUCUCACAAGCUAUAGCAACUGCCCAGAUCGGUUCUGUCAACGUCGCGUGGUUCGGAAUAUUCCUCCAACUCUUCCUCAUCCUCGGUGUCAUAUAUACCCUCGCAAGUGACUCUAUCGCCAUGCAUCGCUUCCAGAUAUCUGUCUUCGGCGCAGUCGCCAUCGUAUUCGCCGUCAUUGCCGUAAACGACAGCAUAUUCAGCGGUCGCGCCCCUCUCGAUGCAAUGGCCGCUGGCUGGCUUAUCCUGGCUAUCGUCGACAUUCUUUGGGUGUUGUACUUCACUUCCGAAGAAGACUCGCUCGCUUGGUAUCUCCUCAACUCUCUCGGAACCGGCGGUCUAACCCCUCCCUCCCGCCGCCGUAGAACUCGCGGCACUUCCGUUCACAAUAUGGGCACCAAUGGUUACGCCCCAAAUUAUGGCGGAGGCAUCAGCUCUCAUGAUGUACCCUAUGAUUCGGCCACAAAAACAACCCCUGGUAUUGGCCCUGCUGGCGUCAGGAGCCAAAAUAGCUUCGUCGGGGGUGCUAGCAAUGAUGGCGGUGCGCCGAGGAGUCUUGGCCCAGCAGCAGGCGCCGGCAGCAUCCAUAGCAACCAAAACGUCGCACCGAGCCCUCUCGCUAAUCCCGAAAAUAACCUGGGUGCAAGUUCACCCCUAAUGGGUCCAGGUGCCGCAGGAGUCGGAGCUGGCGGUGGCCCAAGUAACUCUAGCCAAGGCGCACCAGAACAGACCCCCGAACAAGACGUGUACAUGUACAAGGCCAAAGCCCUAUAUGCUUACACAGCCUCGCCAGACGACCCUAACGAGAUAUCGUUCACCAAAGGCGAGGUUCUCGAUAUCAUCGACAAGCAAGGAAAAUGGUGGCAAGCAAGGAAGGUGGACGGUACCAUCGGAAUCGCCCCAUCAAACUACCUCCAGCUCAUAUGA